CUUAUUAUUAUUAUUGAUGAUGAUAAAAGGACCACAUAUUGGACAUCUUUAUACGGCUGCUCUUGCUGAUGCAUUCAAUCGUUACAAUAUAAUGUUGGGAAAUCAAGUAUUUUUAAGUACUGGCACUGAUGAACAUGGUACUAAAGUUCGUGAUGCUGCAAUAGCUAAUAAUUUAUCACCACAAAUAUAUACUGACAAAAUAUCUGGAUUAUUCAAAGACAUGUGUGAUAAUUUUGAUAUUGGCUAUUCAAAUUUUAUACGAACUACUGACAUAAGACAUCACGAGGCUGUUAAUCAUUUUUGGACGACACUUGAAGACAGUGGGCAUUUAUAUUUAGGAAAAUAUUCAGGAUGGUAUUGUAUAUCAGAUGAAGCAUUUGUUCCAGAAUCAGAGUUGGAGGAAAAAAAAUUGUUAAAUGGUGACACUAUUAAAGUUUCAGCGUCAUCUGGUAAUAAAGUUCAAUGGAUGGAAGAAGAAAAUUACAAAUUUAAAUUAAGUUCAAUGCAAGAUGAUUUAAAGUACUGGUUAAAAAAUGUUAAAGUCGUUCAACCUUUAAAAUUUCACAAAAUUUUGAGUUGUUGGAUUGAAGAAGGAAGUUGUUUAGAAGAUUUAAGUGUAUCACGACCAAUAUCACGAGCACCCUGGGGUAUUAAAGUACCCAAUGAUAAUUCUCAUACCAUUUAUGUAUGGCUAGAUGCAUUAGUUAAUUAUUUAACAUCACUUGGAUAUCCUAAAAAUCGUGAAUUUGCUAAAUUUUGGCCACCAACAGUUCAAGUUAUAGGAAAGGAUAUUUUAAAAUUUCAUGGUGUGUAUUGGCCUGCAUUCAGUAUGGCCGCUGGUCUAGAUCCACCGACAACUCUAUUGUGUCACUCACACUGGACUGUUGAUGAUGAAAAAAUGUCGAAAUCUAAGGGAAAUGUCGUAUCUCCUUCAGAAGCUGCUAAAUUAUUUACCGCAGACGGUUUAAGAUAUUUUCUUUUACGUGAAGCAGUACCAUACAGUGACGCAAAUUAUAAUGAAGAAAAAAUAAGAAGAAUAUUAAAUGCAGAAUUAGCUGAUACAUUGGGAAAUUUAGUAAGUAGAUGUAUGGGAAAAGCAUUAAAUCCGGAUAAAAUAAUUCCCGAGCCUUGUAAGAGUCAUUCAGAUAUAUUAAAUUCUAAUGAAGCACUAAAACUAGUAGAGAGUCUUGAAUCAGUAACUUUGGCGGCUCAAAAUCAUUAUAAUGAUUUUAAUUUGCAUCAUGUUGUUAAUGUCGUGAUGCAAACACUAUUUGCAGCAAACAAAAUGAUUGAUUACCACAAACCUUGGGCAUUAGCUAAAGAAACUGAUAAUUUAGAAGCUCAACAAAAACUAAAAGCCGUAUUAGCUCUUGGUCUUGAAUCUGCUAGAGUGGGUUCAUUAAUUUUGAUGCCAAUUAUUCCGAGAUUAACUUGUCACCUUCUUGACUUUCUCAAUGUACCUUCUAAUUCACGUACCUGGAAUAACUCCAAGUACUUAAAUACUGGUCGUAAUGAUACUAUUACGCCAAAGCAACAAGAUUUUUCAUUCUUUAAAAAAUUACGAUAA